AUGGCGGAGACUAGCCGACGAGCUGCUCCCGACGAAGAUCGGAGCCAGGACGUAUGGACUGCAAUCACUCAAAUUUCCAAGGAAAUCUCAGAACUCAAUGCUGAGUUCCGUCGAUUCUCGUUGGAGACGAGGCAGGAUAUACAAAUGUUGCAACAAACCGUGGGCGCAAAUCCAGGGCUGAGGCGCGCCAGGCGUGAAUACGCUUUUCCCGUGCAGCGGGGACACAUCGGUCCAGAUAGACUAGCUAAUGGGAUUCCUACAGGAAAUCAGGAUUUCUCUGAUUCAGAUGAAGAUGAUGGACGCAGGCAGGAGCAUGAUUUCCUUGAGCCCGAUGACAGAAUGUGCAAUGCUCGUGGUGAAUGGCGUCCUGCCAGGGAGAGGCCGCAUCAUCCUCAAGGUGAGUUUCGAGUCAAGAUUGAUAUCCCUUUCUUUGAGGGACGUCUUCACAUCGAAGACUAUUUAGACUGGGAAAGAACUGUUGAGACAUUUUUCGAUUAUAUGGAAAUUCCUCCGGAGAAACAAGUCAAAUAUGUAGCGUGUCGCUUCAAAGGGGGUGCGAGUGCAUGGUGGAUGCAAUUGUUACAAAAUCGGCGGAGGGAAGGACGAGGAGCAGUUCGGAAUUGGUACAUAAUGAAGCAAUUGAUGCGGGAACAUUUCCUCCCCACCGAUUACGAGCAAAUAUUGUAUAUGCAGUACCAACAUUGCACUCAAGGACAGCGGACCGUCAGUGAUUAUACGGAGGAAUUCUACAGGUUAAGUGCUAGGAAUAACCUACACGAAUCAGAUAAUCAAUUGGUCGCUAGAUACAUUGGUGGAUUGAAGGAAGCAUUGCAGGAUCGAUUACAGCUCAAUUCCGUUUGGACAUUGUCUCAGGCGGUCAAUUUUUCUCUCAAGGCAGAGACUCAGCAGUCUAGACACUCUCGGAGCUAUAUGAGUCGGAGGCAAUUUUCAGAAUCUGUGACCGAUUCCAAGACGUCAAUUCCUAGCAAGGCAGCAGCUCCUGCAAUACCAUCAGGUUCUCACGCCCACUCGUCACCAGAUCUGAAGGCACUGCCAAAGCCCCGCUACCCGGGUAAAGACAAUCCUUAUGCCAAACCUACCAACCUCAAAUGCUUCCGAUGUUUCCAACCUGGACACAAGUCCAAUGAGUGUCCGAUGCGACCGCAGCUGCAAAUAGUGGAAGGUGAAGAUGACCAUCCUCAAGGCACGGCGUAUGAAGAUGAGGAAGAAUGCAUUGAAGAGGUGGUACCUGAUGAAGGGGAGGCCGUAGUGUGCAUUCUUGAACGGCUGUUGUUGACUCCACGGCAGCCUACCAACUCCCAACGAAAUUCUAUUUUCCGCACUCGGUGUACAGUUGGUGGCAAAGUGUGUGACUUACUUAUAGACAAUGGGUGCACUGAAAAUGUGGUUUCCCGGGCGCUCGUGCAGGCCUUGCAGCUUAAAACCACGAAAAACCCACACCCUUACAAGAUAAGUUGGGUUAAAAAAGGAGUUGACAUCUCCGUGACGGAUAUGUGCCGCGUUAGUUUUUCAAUUGGGAAAAGUUAUAUGAGCGAGGUUCUUUGUGACGUCAUUGACAUGGACGUCUGUCAUAUAAUACUUGGCCGGCCUUGGCAAUACGAUAGUGGGGCUAUUUACGACUGUCGCCAUAAUACUUACUCGUUUGAGUGGAAAGGAAAGAAGUUAAAACUUCUACCUAAUGCGACAACCUCAAGCACCAUAGCUGAACCUCGGGGAAAAGACAAAGCAGUUUUGAAUAUUGUCUCAGGAACCUCUCUAGUUAAUGAACCUCACACUCAUAUCUUUGCUCUAGUGGUGACUGAAGUACCCGUUGGAGAAACAUCAAAGUCCUUACCAGCUAAAGUCAGCGACUUAUUGAAAGAGUUCCAGGAUGUAGUUCAUGCAGAACUACCGCCAGAUUUGCCACCCAUGCGAAUGAUACAACACCAGAUUGAUUUGACUCCUGGUGCCAAUUUACCUAAUUUACCUCAUUACCGGAUGAGUCCCAAAGAGCACGAGAUUUUGCAAGGAAUUGUUGACGAACUGCUGCAAAAGAAGAUGAUCCAACAUAGUCUCAGCCCUUGUGCGGUGCCAGCGUUGUUAGUACCGAAGAAGGACAAUAAAUGGAGGAUGUGUAUUGAUAGCAGAGCCAUCAACAAAAUCACCUCUAAAUUCCGUUUUCCGGUGCCACGGAUUAAGGACUUGCUGGACAAGCUUGCUAGCUCCAAGAUAUUCUCUAAACUAGACCUCCGCAGCGGCUAUCACCAGAUUCGCAUCCGGCCGGGUGACGAGUGGAAAACUGCAUUCAAAACACGACAAGACCUAUACGAGUGGCGGGUAAUGCCAUUCGGCUUGUGUAAUGCACCUGCCACCUUUAUGCGAUUGAUGAAUGAGGUAUUGAAAGAUUAUCUCAAUAGAAUUUGUGUCGAUAACGGACUGUUUGAAAGGCAAACAAUUUAA